UUCAAAUAAAAUUUAACAGGUGGUUAUUCUCCCACAGUACAUGAUACGUGUCUCAGAUGGACCUAUAUUUGCCCCCUCUCUUCCUAUAAAUACCCUCUUCUCUCUCCCAUUCCCUCUUCAAAACACAGUCACUCCACACCUCUUCUGUUAAGCUAAAACAUCACUUAAAGUCUCUCUCAUCCCAAUACAUAUAAAGCAGAAUCUCACAAUAUUCAAAGUUUCACCCUUCAUUCCAAACAAACCAUAACAACUAUUAAUUGGCCAAAAUUGAGCACCCAUGGCUUCAUCUGCAACAGGCAAUUGUCUUAAGCCUAAAUUCUCAGUUUCAACCUCUUCAUCUCUAGACUUGGGUUCUAUUUCUUCUUCUAUACCUUUCAAAAGGCCUAGUAGAAAGCCUAACAUUUCCUGCUCUCUCCAAACUCCUCCCAUUCUUCAUUUGCCAAAACAAUCACCAACAUAUCCUCCAUCACCUACUCCAGCUUCUAGUCCCAUCACAAAACGCCCCAUAAACGCUUGUUCUACUGAGAAAACUCAAUCCCAACAAUGGAAUCCUUUUCAAAGAGCUGCAGCUAUGGCUUUAGAUGUGGUUGAGAAUGCUUUGGUCUUUCAUGAGCGUCAACGUCCUCUUCCCAAAACAGCCGACCCCAGUAUCCAAAUCUCUGGCAACUUUGCUCCAGUACCAGAGCGACCAGUCAAGCAUAAGCUUCCUGUCACUGGAACAAUCCCUGAGUGCAUACAAGGAGUCUACGUUCGAAACGGAGCCAACCCACUUCACGAACCGGUCGCCGGACACCAUUUCUUUGAUGGGGAUGGGAUGGUUCAUGCGGUUCGGUUCAAAAAUGGCUCAGCUAGCUAUGCUUGUAGGUUCACUGAAACAAACCGUCUGGUCCAAGAACGAGCUUUUGGGCGUCCAGUUUUCCCCAAGGCCAUAGGUGAACUCCAUGGCCACUCUGGCAUAGCUAGACUGUUACUUUUCUACGCCCGUGGCAUAUUUGGGCUUGUUGAUCCAAGGCAUGGUACUGGAGUUGCUAACGCUGGACUUGUUUACUUUGAUGGUCAUCUCCUUGCUAUGUCCGAAGAUGAUUUGCCUUACCAUGUUCGUAUCACUCCAUCAGGGGACUUGAAAACGGUUGGCAGAUAUGAUUUUGAUGGUCAGUUAAAGUCUACAAUGAUUGCUCAUCCCAAAGUUGAUCCUGAAACCGGUGAAUUUUUUGCGCUUAGCUAUGAUGUUAUACAAAAGCCAUAUCUCAAGUACUUCCGUUUUUCACCGGAUGGUAAGAAAUCACCUGAUGUUGAGAUUCCAGUAGACGGUCCAACAAUGAUGCAUGAUUUUGCAAUCACAGAAAACUUUGUGGUGAUCCCUGAUCAGCAAGUCGUCUUCAAAUUGCCUGAAAUGAUUCAUGGUGGCUCACCAGUUGUCUAUGACAAGAACAAGAUGUCAAGGUUUGGGAUAUUGGACAAGAAUGCCACUGAUGCUUCUGGUAUUAGGUGGGUUGAGGCACCUGAUUGCUUCUGUUUCCAUCUUUGGAAUGCUUGGGAGGAGCCAGAGACUGAUGAAGUUGUGGUAAUUGGCUCCAGCAUGACACCUCCAGAUUCCAUUUUCAAUGAAUGUGAUGAGAGUCUCAAGAGUGUUCUGUCUGAAAUUAGAUUGAAUUUGAAGACUGGCAAGUCAACACGCCGCCCCAUCAUUUCAGAAUCUGAACAAGUGAACUUGGAGGCAGGGAUGGUGAACCGGAACCUGCUGGGAAGAAAAACCCAGUUCGCAUAUUUAGCUCUUGCUGAGCCUUGGCCUAAAGUGUCGGGAUUUGCCAAAGUUGACCUCUCAACUGGAGAGGUCAAGAAAUAUAUCUAUGGAGGCCAAAGGUAUGGUGGUGAACCUUUGUUCUUUCGUCGAAACCCCAAUUCAAAGAACGAAGAUGAUGGUUAUAUUUUGGCUUUUGUUCAUGACGAAAAGACCUGGAAAUCAGAACUACAGAUUGUGAAUGCUAUGAAUUUACAGCUAGAAGCCACAGUUAAGCUUCCAUCUCGAGUUCCAUAUGGAUUUCAUGGAACAUUCAUAAGCUCCAAGGACUUGGAGAAGCAGGCCUAACUCAGCUUGAAUAGCCUUGUUAAGUUAUCAUCAAGUUUUUUAGAUGGUUUAGCAGGUUUGAGGGAGAGAUUUACCAGAGGGAUGCUUGCAUAUAUUGUCCCCGGAAUCUCUUUCUCUGUUUCACAGUUUGACAACCUUGUUUUUGGGUCAGUCCUGGACUUUUACCUUUUUGGUUAUUUUAAAGUGAAAGGUGUUUUGAGAGGCCAGCUUGUAGCUUUUGGUUAUAGGUAAUAUUGAAGCUCAGCUGGUUUCUGCUUAUUCUUUUACUUGUGUGCAGGAAACCGUUCAUAAAUAUGUAGCGUGUAUUUGUCUGGUUAUAAUAUAAAUAUCAGUACCUUGUUUAUUACCAUUCGAUAUAGACCUUGAGCAAAUCUUAUCAAUGGUAUAAUUGAGGUAUGUUUGGCCAAAGAGAUUUAAUCAGGAGUGAACAAUUAAAAAGAAGAAAAAAAAAUUUUGAGAAGAAAAGUGCCUAGAUUAUUUUUGCAUAGACAGCCGACAA